UCGGAGACUCCGCCCCUCCCAAUUUCCUCUGAACUGCUGGCGACUGAGCUGAGCCGAGCGUUCGCUGGGCAGCUGUUGUGGUGAGUGAGUUGGGCUUGAGGUGCCUAGCGUUUUGGAUCUCCUACUCUGGCCCGGCCCCGAAAUACCACAUAGAAGCCUUGGGACCCGAUUCAUCCCAUCCAGACAGUCCUAGAGAUCUGAGCGACUGAGGCCUGGGGUCUGAACGCCGGAAUUUCCUGCGCGGUUCUGGACGCCCUGCGCUGGGCUUAGAUUCCAAAUGAAAAUGUUUGAAAGUGCUGACUCUACAGCCACAAGAACUGGCCAGGAUCUCUGGGCUGAAAUUUGUUCCUGUCUGCCAAAUCCUGACCAAGAUGAUGGUGCCAACAAUGCCUUCUCCGACUCCUUUGUGGAUUCUUGCCCUGAAGGUGAAUGCCAGAGGGAGGUGGCCAACUUUGCUGCUCAGACUGCUGUAAAACCUUGGGCUCCCUUGCAGGAUUCAGAAGUGUAUUUAGCAUCUCUAGCCCUACUUCUCUCUCUAGAGAAAAAGCUAAGAAGAAUCAAAGGUUUAAAUCAGGAAGUGACUUCUAAGGACAUGCUUCGAACCCUGGCCCAAGCCAAGAAGGAAUGCUGGGAUCGGUUCCUCCAGGAGAAGUUAGCCUCAGAGUUCUUUGUGGAUGGACUUGAUUCUGAUGAGAGCACCUUGGAACAUUUCAAGAGGUGGCUCCAGCCAGAUAAAGUAGCCAUCAGCACAGAAGAGGUCCAGUAUCUGAUUCCUCCAGAGUCACAGGUUGAGAAGCCAGUGGCUGAGGACAAGCCAGAAGCUGGGGACAAGCCAGCAGCAGCAGAACAGUAAAUUACACACACACACACCCAUGCCGAGCAGCUGUCUCAGGUCCAGAGGGAGCAGCGUGGAGAUUGGCAGCAGAAACAGGGAGAAAUCCACUGAGAGAAAAAUACCAAGUUUCCAUUCCACAAAUAAUGGAAGCCCCUGGGGAUUUACUUGGGGCUGGCAUGUGUGACUGUCUUGGAUGAAGUGACUGACCCAGUGCGCGCUGGAUCAAAAUGCUAUUUUCCUCUGUGUCUCACAGCUUGGCUGAGCUCUGUCACUGCAGGUUAGAAGCUUGCUAAGGAUUGAAUGUGAAAGUACUUGGAGAAACUGAGGCCCCUCAUGUGUAAUGUGUAAGUUAAGUGAGCCAUAUUUUUUCUUGCCUCUUCUGGACAUUAUUGCCUGUGUCCCAAGCAUUCCCUGGUGAACUGUCAGGGGUGAGUGGGGCCAGGAAGAGUGAAGUCUGCUUCUUGAAUCCAAGCCCCAUCUGGUGCUUCUCUAACAAAUGUGUAGUAAGUAUAGGGACUCCAGGGAGAGAGGCUGGGCUUCUUUCUCUCAUUUGUUCCUCAUGGAGAAAACGAGCAAAAGAAGUGUGAAAAUGUGGGUGUUUAUGUCUGUGUGAAUAUUUUUUUAUUUCAUGCAUGGCUUCUCUUCCAACUUCCUCCUGCACUUAAAAAGGGCCAGGUUCUGGCUGGGUGCAGUGGCUCACACCUGUAAUCCCAGCACUUUGGGAGGCCAAGGCGGGCAGAUCAAGGUGCCCUUUCAGCACCUUGGAACGUUUCAAGAAGUGGCUCCAGCCAGAUAAGGUAGCCAUCAGCAAGAGAUCAAGAGAUCAAGACCAUCCUGGCCAAUGUGGUGAAACCCCGUCUCUACUAAAAAAUACAAAAAUUAGCUGGGCGUGGUGGCGUGCGGUGCGCCUGUAGUCCUUCCUAGCUACUCAGGCGGCUGAGGCAGGAGAAUUGCUUGAACCCAGGGGGCAGAGGUUGCAGUGAGCUGAGAUUGCGCCACUGCACUACAGCCUGGCGCCUGGCAACAGAACAAGACUCUGUCUCAAAAAAAUAAAAAGGGCCAGGUUCCAAAUUAGACUUGUAAAUAUGGUGUUAGUGUUUGACACUACCCCUGGAUAGUUCCAAAUGUCUUCCUUGUGGCAGCUUUCCUGGCUGAGCCCGAGCUUCCCUCCCUGUUUAUUUUGUUCAUGUUCAGUAUGUGUUGUCAAUGUAAAACUUUUCUCCAUGGAAUAGCAGUGUCUGUGGUGCUCUUAACACGACUCCUCCCAGAGGGAUGCUCCCAGGCAGCGGGAGGUAAAAACACAUGCAUGUCAAGGCAUGGGAGCUGGCCACCUUUGCCAGCCUCCUGUUACUAGCAUGUGUCCUCUGACAGUCCAGACUUUGGUGUUCUGAGGGUAGGAUUCUGAGGCCUUAGCUCCACGGACCUUCUUUCUGGGUAAUAGUUUACAAAUCCCUAAUGAUCAGUAGGGUGGCUAUAAAAAUCUGAUCCAGAGAGGAGCUAAAAGAAAAAAUAAAAUAAAUAAAUAAAUCUUCUGAAAACAUUUGCUCUUUUUUUUUUUUUUUUUGGAGUCAGGGUUUCACUUUGUUGCCCAGGCUGGAGUGCAGUGGUACAAUCAUCUAGUUCACUGUAACCUCAAACUCCUAAGCUCAGGUGAUCCUCCUGCCUCAGCCUCCCAAGUAGUUGGAAGAAUUACAGGUGCAAGCCACCACACCCCACUACUGUUUGCUCAUUUCUAAAUCAAGUAUUUUCCUUGCCCAAAAGCACAGGAACCAACUAGGUGGUUCCAUAUACUUGCUUAGUGAUAUGAAUAUUUUAAUUGUAAUAUUCAGAUAUACUUUCCUUUUUUUUUUUUUUUUUUUGAGACAAAGGUCUCCUCACUCUGUCACCCAAGUUGGAAUGCAGUGACAAUCAUGGCUCACUACAGCCUCAACCUCCCAGGCUCAAUCCUUUCUGCCUCAGCUUCUCCUGAGUAGGUACGACUAUAGGCGUGUGCCAUCAUGCCUGGUUAAUUAAAAAAAUUUUUUUUGUAGAGACAGGGCCCCAUUAUUUUGUCCAGGUUAGUCUUGAACCUCUGGGCUCAAGCUAUCCUCCCACCGUGGCCUUCCAAAGUGCUGGGAUUGAAGGUUCAAGCCACCAUGCCUGGCUCUUUCCUCUCUAUUCAUUGACUAAUGGUUAAUUUUUUUUUGAGACAGGGUCUCACUCUGUUGAACAGGCUGAAGGGCAGUGGCAUUGUCUCAGCUCACCACAGUUUUGACCUCCUGGGCUCAAGUGAUCCUACCUCAGGCUGCUGCGUAUCUGGGAGACUACAGGUGCAUACCGCCAUGCCUGGCUAAUGUUUUAUAUUUUUUGUAGAGAUGGGAUUUCCCCAUGUUGCCCUGGCUGAGUUAACACCUUUAUUAGUAGAUUUAGUAGCUUUAUUCCUACUGCUUUUUUUUUUUUAAACAGAGUUUCACACUGUCACCCAGGCUAUAGUGCAGUGGUGCAAUCUCGGCUCACUGAAAUCUCUGCCUCCUGGGUUCAGGCAAUUAUCCUGCUUCAGCCUCCCAAGUAGCUGGGACUACAGGUGUGUUCCACCAUGCCCAGCUAAUUUUUUUGCAUUUUUAGUAGAGACAGGGUUUCACCACGUUGGCUAGGAUGGUCUUGAUAUCCUGACCUCAUGAUCUGCCCACCUCGGCCUCCCAAAGUGCUGGGAUUACAGCCACUGCCCCCGGCCUCCUACUGCUUUUUAUUAGAAGGAUACAUGUGACACAGAGAGUGACUCUCUGUAGCCCCUUGGCACAUAGAGGAAGCCAGAGUAAUGUUGGUCAUCCAGCCCUGGUCCAGACUUGCAGGCUGCCGUUUCCACCUGGAAUUCAGAUGCCAGGCCUCACUCCUCUCCAGGGCCAUCUGAUGGCUUUCAGGAUAGAUUUUUGUGUGUGUGUGUGAGGGCUUAUUUUUGCUCUUGUCACCCAGGCUGGAGUGCUAUGGCAUAAUCGCAGCUCACUACAACCUCUACCUCCUGGGUUCAAGUGAUUCUCCUGCCUCAGCCUCCCAAGUAGCUGGGAUUACAGGUGUGCUACCAUACCCGGCUAAUUUUUUGUGUUUUUAGUAGAGACGAGGUUUCACCACGUUGGUCAGGCUGUCCUUGAACUUCUGACCUCAGGUGAUCCAGCUUCCUCGGCCUCCCAGAGUGCUGGGAUUACAGGCGUGAACCACUGCACCUGGCUCAGGAUAGAUUUUUUAAAGAAAGAAAAACUAAAAUUUUUCUUCUCCUUGCAUGAUAAACAAAAAUUAUUCUUCCUCAGAAACAAUAAUUUAAAUAAAAAAAAAAAGCAAUGAAGUCCCAAAACACUCUCCCAAAGUGCAGAUUAUGAGACAGUAAGAGAAUGUUUCUGGACCCGAAAAUAGAGUUUCUGUCAUUCAGGCAAGAUUCUAGCUUUCCUUUUCCCUACUUCCCAUUUUCUUUUUUUUUUUCUUUUUAAAGACGGGGUUUUACCAUAUUGAUCAGGCUGGUCUCGAACUCCUGACCUCAGGUGAUUCACCCGCCUCAGCCUCCCAAAGUGCUGGGAUUACAGGCGUGAGCCACUGUGCCCGGCCCUACUUCCCAUUUUCUACCUCAGAAACAGAAACUGGAAUAUGAGAGGUGGAGAAUUGCUUUAGAGGAACUGAAAUGGAGUUGUAAGACUGAGCGGUUUCUAGCCUAUGUGUAAACCUGGGUAAGGUGUGAGAGGAGCUGUGCAAUAGAGGCACCACUCCACGGAACCCAGUGAAUUAUAACUAUAGUUUCUUUUUUUUUUUUUGGAGACAGAGUCUCGGUCUGUAGCCCAGGCACUGGAUUGCAGUGGCGUGAUCUCGGCUCACUGCAACCUCUGCCUCCCAGGUUCAAGUAGUUCUCCUGCCUCCGCCUCCUGAGUAGCUGGGACUACAGGCGCAUGCCAUCACCCCCAGCUUAUGGUUUUUGUAUUUUCAGUAGAGACGGGGUUUCAUCGUGUUAGCCAGGAUGGUCUAGAUCUCCUGAUCUGGUGAUCCACCUUCCUCAGCCUCCCAAAGUGCUGGGAUUACAGGUGUGAGCCACUGCGCCCCUUGUAACUGUAGUUUCCUAAUUGAUUUAGAGGUGACAGCUUAAACAAUGGCUCUAAAAGAAGGUGAAGCUCCCUUUAUCAAAACCAUAUUUGACCUUGGAUCCCAAAGCUAACUUGUUAAUAUAGAUUUAUCUUAGGCGAGUGAAGUGGCACUAAAUUUGAAACUGAGAAUCUUGGGUGCCGUCUUUAUCUGUCUUGUGGCUUCCUGAAUGGUCAUAAAUAAGUCAAGUGACCUCUUUAUGUUCCAGUUCCUUUUUAGUGACUGGACUAACCAUAGGAAAAAAUAGUUUUGGCCCAAAAUGCUGAUCUGUUUCCUUUGACCCUGAAAACUCUAAGGAACUCCAGUUAGGGCUUUCUCAACUUAGUAAGAUUUAUAAGUUGGUAGAGUCUUACUUAUCACCCCUAGCUUUCUUCCUUCCUCCUCCUUAGUGAAACAGGCAGCAAGUUAGAGCAAAUGGAGCAAUAUUUAGUGCUAAGCCUUAGAGCCAGGGGAGGGUAAUCAACAGGGGCCAAGCUGUAAUAAUUUGGUACACCCAGAGAAGGCUGGGCUGCAGCCAGGCAGAUAACCUAAGUGACUGCCACUGUUCUCUCCCGGCACAUACACGUGCUCAUCACCCAGCGCCAGACGAGAUCAGAGCUGGAGUUACACAGGCAUGAAUCCAGUCUCUGAUCCAGAAAUAGGCCCUGGCUGUAGUCACAGCAAGUAAACAAACGUCCCGCCAGCUGUGGCUGAGGUGCACCCUCCCAGGCAGACCUGCCCAUCAGGACUAUUGCUGGAAGACCACUCCCUGGCCCUGCUUUGGAAGGAGUCCUCCAAGGCUGAGAACAGCCCCAGCCACAUGAAGCAAAAAUUCUAAAUUAUCCCAACCGGCUUUGGCCCUACUUUAGUUAUAAGACUCAAGAUAAGCCAGGUGCGGUGGCUCACCACCUGUAAUCCCAGCACUUUGGGAGGCCAAGGCAGGUGGAAUAUCUGAGGUCAGAAGUUCGAGAACAGCCUGACCAACAUGGUGAAACCCCUUCUCUACUAAAAAUACAAAAGCCAGGCAUGGUGUCAGGCACCUGUAAUCCCAGCUACUCGGGAGGCUGAGGCAGGAGAAUUGGUUGAACCCGGGAGAUGGAGGUUGUAGUGAGCCAAGUGAGCCAAGACUGCACCACUGCACUCCAGCCUGGGUGCAAGAGUGAGACUUUGUGUCAAAAAAAAAAAAAAAGACUCAAGAUAGAAUACUGCCAUUGCCAUCUUAGGUUUGUUCGAGGGCUGUUUACUGGAACCCAGGAAUAGGUUGUUUAGGGCAGAGAUUCAUUCACCUAAACAAUAUUGGUUGAGCCCCUGCCAUGCUCCAGGCACUGUGCAAGGUGUUAAAUAAAGCAGAACAGCAUCUUCCCACAUAGAAUGAUGGAAGGGGAAUAGAGCCAACCUCAUUAAUUCGGUGGAAGGCGUAAGCCGAGGUGCUUUGAGAGCAUGUGGGAAGGAGAUAUGAGAGCCCUAGACUAGUUGGGGUGGGGUAGGAAAGAGGCUGUGUUAGGGAGCUGAGUCCAUAGAAAUGAAUAGGAAUGAGAGGAAAUAGAAGAGUAAGAGCGUGGGGACCAAGAGGAGUCCCAGAAGGAAAACAGCGUGUACAAAGGCCUAAAGGCAAAAGAAAACUUGGAGGAUGGAAGGUAGUUCAGUGUAGCUGGAGCAUAAAGAACAAAGGAGGGACAGACAAGAGGUGAGGGUGGAAAUGAAUAAACAAGGCCAGGUGUGAAGGGUUUUUAUAAACCAUGUUAAGGAGUUAGGAGUUUAUUGUGGGAGAACAGGGAGCUAAUGGCUGAUUUUAAGAGGGGCAGUGACAAGAUGAGAUUUAUAUCUAGAAGUUUAUGGCUGCCAGGGGUUUGCCAUAAUUAAAGUGAUUGAGGGUGGACAAGUUAUUCACACUUGGCAGUGAUACAUGUCUACAUGAAAUGGUUUUUAUUUUCUAUUUCAAUUUUUGUUAUUUUUUCACUGCUGCAGAACAAGCACAAUCAUGUAUGGCAGAUUGUAUUUUCCAAAAAUGGCCAAAUCAGUGUAUCCCAUCCCACACAUUCAUGUUCCAGUAUGGUGCGGACACGCCUCGACUGAAAUGUUGGGUCAAUAUUCCCUCCCUUUGAACGUGGGAAGACCUAUGUAACUACCUUGCUAAUAGAGUACAGCACAAAUAAUGGGACUUCUGAGGCAAGGUCAUGAAAGCACUCCACCCGGGGUCUCUAUCUCUCACCAUGCUCCUUGAUAAUUCUGAGCCAGCAUGUAAGAAGUCGGCCACAGAGAGCAAGAGAAGACCAGGGAGUCCCAGCUGUUUGAGUCUUCCCACCCCAGGCAUCAGACAUAUAAGUAAGUGAUUCAAAUGAUUUAAUCCCCUAGCUUUUAAGCUGUCCCAGAUGACAUCAGGUGGUACAGAAACAAGCUAUUUCUGCAAAGACCUACAGAUUCAUGAACAAAAUAAAUGUCAUGGUUUAAGCCAGUAA